UUAAUUUGAAAUCUGAUCCCAAUCAUGCUGUUUCAUCACCCACUUCAUCACUCUCUUUUAUAAAAGGAGUAUUGCCCAAGUAUUUCAGCUCAGAGUGGUCUGUUGCUCAGUUUCGUUUGCUUGAAGGUUCGCAAUACAUUGUUGCAUUUGGUCACCAAAAGAAUACUGUUGUAAUUCUUGGCUUAGAUGGAAGCUUCUAUCGUUGCCAGUUUGAUCCAGUGAGUGGUGGAGAGAUGACUCAGUUGGAAUAUCACAACUUCCUAAAGCCUGAAGAAGCUUUUUAGGAGAGGAUUUAGAGUUGUCCGUUUCAAUGGGGAGAGAGAGAGAGAGUAUUAAUUCCAGACAGAUGGCAAGAUAACCGGGAAACAAAAAAACUGAAAUUUAUAUACCACAGAAUCUCUCUAUAUUUGCAACUCAUCUUCCUCCUUAUCAAAACAUUCAUCAAGUGAUCAAACAACUUCUCAAUCACUCUUUUGAUUUGUGCGUGAAAAUGGGGAUGAUGUUAUAUGGAAUACCAGCGUCGACAUGCACUGCAAGGGUGAUGGCAUGCCUCUAUGAAAAGGGCGUAGAUUUUGAGCUCAUCCCAGUUAACAUGGGUGCUGGUGAACACAAGCAACCUGCAUUCCUUAACAAGAAUCCCUUUGGCCAAAUUCCAGCGCUAGAAGAUGGAGAUCUCACUCUUUUUGAAUCAAGAGCAAUCACAGCAUACAUAGCAGAGAAAUACAAAGACACAAGCUAUGAUCUCAUAAGACACAAAAACCUCAAAGAAGCUGCACAAGUCAAAGUAUGGUUAGAGGUAGAAUCCCAGCAAUUCAACCCUCCAAUCUCCGCCAUCAUCUUCCAGUGCUUCUUCGCCCCAAUGUACGGCAUGAAAACCGACCAGGCAGUCGUUGACGCCAACGUGGAGAAGCUCGGGAAAGUGCUCGACGUGUACGAGGCCAGGCUGGCAAAGUCCAAGUACCUCGCCGGAGAUUCCUACAGCUUGGCAGAUCUCCACCACCUCAGUUGCACUCAUUACCUUUUCAAGACUCCUUAUGCGUCGGCGUUCAAUGAACGGCCAUGUGUCAAGUCGUGGUGGGAGGACAUUUCGUCGAGGCCGGUUUUUAAGAAAAUUUCACCGGCGAUGAGUUUUGGGGAUAAAUGAAAUGAUGGUGGUAGUACGUGGAAGUGAAGGUUUUUCAUGCAUGGUCUGCAUUGAAAUAAAACAAUGAAACAGUAGUAGGGGUACAGUUUCAUUGUGUUCUUUAGAGGUUUUUUUUUUUUUGGUUUUGAAUUUGUGCAAAAAAAUGUCAUCAGAAUUUUUUCAAGAUUUCAUCUGAUACAAAUAAGAGUAGUCUGCAAAAUUGAAAAUUCAUAAUUUUGGAAAGUGAAGUUGAGCCUGAAAAACAACAGAAUAAUAUGCACAUAGGGAAAAGAAAAAAUUGGUGAUUUUAUUAUAAAGUAAGAUGCACGCAAUUUAACCUUUGUUUUUAGGGAAGAUAUUUAUGUGACUGACAUUGACGACACUAGAAAUGCUAGCCCCU